AUGCGUGUGUGUCGCUCACCGUCGUCGUACAUGUCGAGGCCGAGCAGCGCGUCGGCGCGCUCACACAGCAGGCGCGCGUCGCGCUGCAGCUCCAGGGCGCCGCGUGUGUACGUGGGUGUUAGGUAUGCGUGUGUGUCGCUCACCGUCGUCGUACAUGUCGAGGCCGAGCAGCGCGUCGGCGCGCUCACACAGCAGGCGCGCGUCGCGCUGCAGCUCCAGGGCGCCGCGUGUGUAUGCGUGUGUGUCGCUCACCGUCGUCGUACAUGUCGAGGCCGAGCAGCGCGUCGGCGCGCUCACACAGCAGGCGCGCGUCGCGCUGCAGCUCCAGGGCGCCGCGUGUGUACGUGGGUGUUAGGUAUGCGUGUGUGUCGCUCACCGUCGUCGUACAUGUCGAGGCCGAGCAGCGCGUCGGCGCGCUCACACAGCAGGCGCGCGUCGCGCUGCAGCUCCAGGGCGCCGCGUGUGUACGUGGGUGUUAGGUAUGCGUGUGUGUCGCUCACCGUCGUCGUACAUGUCGAGGCCGAGCAGCGCGUCGGCGCGCUCACACAGCAGGCGCGCGUCGCGCUGCAGCUCCAGGGCGCCGCGUGUGUAUGCGUGUGUGUCGCUCACCGUCGUCGUACAUGUCGAGGCCGAGCAGCGCGUCGGCGCGCUCACACAGCAGGCGCGCGUCGCGCUGCAGCUCCAGGGCGCCGCGUGUGUACGUGGGUGUUAGGUAUGCGUGUGUGUCGCUCACCGUCGUCGUACAUGUCGAGGCCGAGCAGCGCGUCGGCGCGCUCACACAGCAGGCGCGCGUCGCGCUGCAGCUCCAGGGCGCCGCGUGUGUACGUGGGUGUUAGGUAUGCGUGUGUGUCGCUCACCGUCGUCGUACAUGUCGAGGCCGAGCAGCGCGUCGGCGCGCUCACACAGCAGGCGCGCGUCGCGCUGCAGCUCCAGGGCGCCGCGUGUGUAUGCGUGUGUGUCGCUCACCGUCGUCGUACAUGUCGAGGCCGAGCAGCGCGUCGGCGCGCUCACACAGCAGGCGCGCGUCGCGCUGCAGCUCCAGGGCGCCGCGUGUGUACGUGGGUGUUAGGUAUGCGUGUGUGUCGCUCACCGUCGUCGUACAUGUCGAGGCCGAGCAGCGCGUCGGCGCGCUCACACAGCAGGCGCGCGUCGCGCUGCAGCUCCAGGGCGCCGCGUGUGUACGUGGGUGUUAGGUAUGCGUGUGUGUCGCUCACCGUCGUCGUACAUGUCGAGGCCGAGCAGCGCGUCGGCGCGCUCACACAGCAGGCGCGCGUCGCGCUGCAGCUCCAGGGCGCCGCGUGUGUAUGCGUGUGUGUCGCUCACCGUCGUCGUACAUGUCGAGGCCGAGCAGCGCGUCGGCGCGCUCACACAGCAGGCGCGCGUCGCGCUGCAGCUCCAGGGCGCCGCGUGUGUACGUGGGUGUUAGGUAUGCGUGUGUGUCGCUCACCGUCGUCGUACAUGUCGAGGCCGAGCAGCGCGUCGGCGCGCUCACACAGCAGGCGCGCGUCGCGCUGCAGCUCCAGGGCGCCGCGUGUGUACGUGGGUGUUAGGUAUGCGUGUGUGUCGCUCACCGUCGUCGUACAUGUCGAGGCCGAGCAGCGCGUCGGCGCGCUCACACAGCAGGCGCGCGUCGCGCUGCAGCUCCAGGGCGCCGCGUGUGUAUGCGUGUGUGUCGCUCACCGUCGUCGUACAUGUCGAGGCCGAGCAGCGCGUCGGCGCGCUCACACAGCAGGCGCGCGUCGCGCUGCAGCUCCAGGGCGCCGCGUGUGUACGUGGGUGUUAGGUAUGCGUGUGUGUCGCUCACCGUCGUCGUACAUGUCGAGGCCGAGCAGCGCGUCGGCGCGCUCACACAGCAGGCGCGCGUCGCGCUGCAGCUCCAGGGCGCCGCGUGUGUACGUGGGUGUUAGGUAUGCGUGUGUGUCGCUCACCGUCGUCGUACAUGUCGAGGCCGAGCAGCGCGUCGGCGCGCUCACACAGCAGGCGCGCGUCGCGCUGCAGCUCCAGGGCGCCGCGUGUGUAUGCGUGUGUGUCGCUCACCGUCGUCGUACAUGUCGAGGCCGAGCAGCGCGUCGGCGCGCUCACACAGCAGGCGCGCGUCGCGCUGCAGCUCCAGGGCGCCGCGUGUGUACGUGGGUGUUAGGUAUGCGUGUGUGUCGCUCACCGUCGUCGUACAUGUCGAGGCCGAGCAGCGCGUCGGCGCGCUCACACAGCAGGCGCGCGUCGCGCUGCAGCUCCAGGGCGCCGCGUGUGUACGUGGGUGUUAGGUAUGCGUGUGUGUCGCUCACCGUCGUCGUACAUGUCGAGGCCGAGCAGCGCGUCGGCGCGCUCACACAGCAGGCGCGCGUCGCGCUGCAGCUCCAGGGCGCCGCGUGUGUAUGCGUGUGUGUCGCUCACCGUCGUCGUACAUGUCGAGGCCGAGCAGCGCGUCGGCGCGCUCACACAGCAGGCGCGCGUCGCGCUGCAGCUCCAGGGCGCCGCGUGUGUACGUGGGUGUUAGGUAUGCGUGUGUGUCGCUCACCGUCGUCGUACAUGUCGAGGCCGAGCAGCGCGUCGGCGCGCUCACACAGCAGGCGCGCGUCGCGCUGCAGCUCCAGGGCGCCGCGUGUGUACGUGGGUGUUAGGUAUGCGUGUGUGUCGCUCACCGUCGUCGUACAUGUCGAGGCCGAGCAGCGCGUCGGCGCGCUCACACAGCAGGCGCGCGUCGCGCUGCAGCUCCAGGGCGCCGCGUGUGUAUGCGUGUGUGUCGCUCACCGUCGUCGUACAUGUCGAGGCCGAGCAGCGCGUCGGCGCGCUCACACAGCAGGCGCGCGUCGCGCUGCAGCUCCAGGGCGCCGCGUGUGUACGUGGGUGUUAGGUAUGCGUGUGUGUCGCUCACCGUCGUCGUACAUGUCGAGGCCGAGCAGCGCGUCGGCGCGCUCACACAGCAGGCGCGCGUCGCGCUGCAGCUCCAGGGCGCCGCGUGUGUACGUGGGUGUUAGGUAUGCGUGUGUGUCGCUCACCGUCGUCGUACAUGUCGAGGCCGAGCAGCGCGUCGGCGCGCUCACACAGCAGGCGCGCGUCGCGCUGCAGCUCCAGGGCGCCGCGUGUGUACGUGGGUGUUAG